AUGGAUUAUAAUAAAAUUAAUAAUACAUCAUGUAAUUAUAUUAGUGAUCAUUAGCAAAUAUAUUUAAUGAGUCCUCUUAAUUUGAUUAAUCCAGAUAAGAAGAUGUAUUGAUUGUUUAUUAUUUUUAAGGUUGUAAAUUUUUUAAGAGAACCAAGAGCAUCUAAAAAAUUAUCUUAUUAAUAUCCAGUUGUAGAAGAAGCAUCUUCAUAUUGGGAUCGAUUAUUAGCAGGAAGAUUAGAUUCAAUUUCAUUAAUCCCAACAACUAAAUGUGCAGUGUUUACAUUGUUUUUGAUAUCAUUUUAUAUGGGUUUGUUCGGAUUAAUUUUGUUUGGAGUUUCUACAAAUAUAGUUGAGAUUAGAAUUCCUUAUGGUAAAGAGUGUGAUGAAUAAAGCUUUUGCAAUAUUACAUUCUUUGUAGAUGAAUUAAUGGCAACACCUGUUUAUGUAUAUUAUGAGCUUUCCAAUUUCUAUUCUAAUGAUUUAAAGUUUCUAUUUAUUGUUACUUUUAAGUUUCGUCUAAUCUAUAAAUAAGGAUUAAUUAAUGGGUUAUGAUAUAGAUUAAUAAAAGUAUUGUCCUAAUGCUUAUUUACAAUCUUAGAUGAAUAGAUAAAAUAUGAGUGCAAGUGGACAUCAUCUAUUUCUAGAUUAUGCAAAUCCAUGUGGUUUGGCAGCUAAAUAUAUUUUUAAUGGUAAUUAUAAUUAUUAAAUUCAAUAAGAUACCUUCUAUAUAAUGAAUACAGAAAAAUUGACAAUAAAUGUAACCAACCUUUUGUUACCAAUGUAUAAAAAACAAUUUAAAAGACAUUAAUAUUAUUUCAAAUAAUGGUUAGAUGUAGAAAAUGGUAUUAAAAUUAAAGUUAUUAAUUAGAAUAAGUUUAAAGUUGGUUUAUACCUUAAGUACAUUCAAGUCGAUUUAUACUUUAUGGCAUAAUAAAUGGUAAUUUAAAUUAAGGAAGUUAUAAAUUCUAUAUAAACAAUUAAUAUCCAAUAUAAGUAUUUGGAGGAGAAAAGACAUUAGUACUUUAGAGUGCAUCAGAAUUAGGAACCAAAGGUUUAACUAUAGGUUUAGUACUUCUUGGAGGUAGUGGAUUUAGUGCAUUAUCGUCUCUUAUGUUGUACAUAUUAAAAAGAAAUAAAUCUAAAACAUAAGUAUAACAAGAAUAAAUUUGA